AUGGCCAACAAUCCCACAUUCAAACCAUCCCCGUUAUCCUUUGGGUCGCCGAGGGCAUCCCCGUUCCGGCGCCCGUCCACUCCAAACUCCCCGCCCUCAGCCAGUCGUACAGGAGGGACACCGGGGAGCUCUCCUAGUCGGGCAUAUACACCUAUGGUGUCUCCCAGCAAGCUCAAUCAAUCAUAUACAGUGGAGGAUGCCGAACUUUGGAAGAGAGCUCUCUCCUUCCCCACGAAAGGAGCACGGUCGCCAGGCAGCUCAUCCCCAAUCCUUGGGACAAGGAAGAGUGGCUUUACAGGCCCAGCAGGCGAUGCGGCUGGAAAGCUACCGGCACAACAAGUGAGGGAGAUCAGAGAGGCUUUCCAGGUUCUCGAUCGGGAUAAUGAUGGGCUUGUGGACAAAGAUGAUGUGAUUGAUGUGCUGACAACCUUGGGCCAAGACUCAUCCCCCUCGACGCUCUCGCGCUUCUUCCCACCAGGAGCAGGCCAGACUAUGAACUUCCCAACCUUUUUGAAUACACUUUCUGAGCUGAUGGCAGCAAUGUCACCUCCACAAGAGCUUCUCAACGCUCUUGCUGCGUUUGACGACGAUGACAACGGGCAAAUUGACGCCGCUGAAUUACGUGAUGCUUUAUUGCAUACUUCCCCAGAAGAUGGAGAGGAACGAUUGACUGAAAGACAGAUCGAUGAAGUCUUCAGUGGGUUUAUAGGGCGCCCAGCUUUUAUUGGUCGGGGAGCGAAGUCAGGCGGGAUGGGGAAGAGAGGCGAGGUUUUCCAGUAUCACGACUUUGUGCGCAGCGUCAUGGGUGGGGAGAAUGGAAACAGUUCGAAACGUGAAGGAGAGGCAGCACAUGUAUGA